CCUCCCUUUCUAAUAUGGUUUAUUCCAUUCCAGCCAGCGUCGAUCCGGGAGCUGUAUCUGACGUCACACACUAGUUAAUCUAAUGGCAGAGUGGAUGGUGGACGUAUAUUAUUUGUUAUUUUUUUAAGAAAUUUAAAAGAUUGAGUUUGUGCCUUAAUUAUACUCUCAUACUGAUUACUUAAAACUAAGAAUCACACUUUUCACGAUGAAAUAUAGUACUUUUCCGAACGUCAUAAAGUAAUCGAUUCUUAACGCCAUAGCUUUCGAAACGGACUUAAGAAAACAAACUGGUUCAUCGGUCAACUGGCUGCAAUAUUGUCCUGCAUCUAUGUUCAGGCUAAAAUAUCAAGUGGAGUCCUGUAAUCUUCUGAAAUCAUCAAUUUUAUGUGCAAUUAAAUUAGUCAUUGAAGCAUAGUGUUUAUUUUAUACUUAGAAUUUCAUGAUUCUUCAUAUCUGGAAGUUUAAGGGUUCGUUUUAUAAAAAGGGAUUUCCAUUCCUGCAUUCACAAAAAUUUUCAUUUAAUGACUUUGCAAGUUACACGGAGAAAACUCAGAGUCCUGUUUAUGAAUUGUAACUAAGGUAAUGCUGUCAUCUUUGAUAUCAGAGACAUAAAUUUUUGUAAUAACAGUUAUAUUACAUUUAUUUGCUACAGCAUUAAACUCUUAACUGUUAAGUUAAAAAUAAAUAAAUAAAAUACAGCUGAUAAUAUUUGACCUAUAUCACUGCUAAUGUAUUUUAAGCUAUAGUAUUGUAAAAUUAAUAUUUAAAAUUACAAUAAUGGCUGUAGUACCUACUUUAAAUAUUCAAGCCCAGGCAUCACACAUUCCAGAACAUUGUAGAAUAUAUUUCAUGGGAAUGAAGCCCCAACAAAUUUAUAAUCCAGCUGCUGUCCAAGUAUUUCCUUGUAAUUUCUGUACAAAAUCUUUUCCUCAUUCGGAUAUGCUAAAAGAACACUCGAAAACACAUGCAAGUUUUCCCCAUGUAUGUAGCCAGUGCAACAAAGGCUUUCCCCGUAAGGAUAAACUAAAUGCACACAUGUUGGUCCACAGUGGGGAGCGUCCAUUUAGUUGCACCCAAUGUCCCAAAACAUUUGCUCGUAAGGAUAAAUUCAGUGCCCACAUGUGCACUCAUACCGGUGAGCAUCCUUUCACUUGCCAACAUUGUGGGAAAGGAUUUGCUUGGAAGGAUAAACUUGUUAAGCACAUAAGAGUGCAUACUGGAGAAAAGCCUUAUGCAUGCAGCUACUGCGGCAAAGCCUUUGCUCAGAACGACAAGCUUGUCACUCAUUUGCGAAUCCACACCGGAGAACGGCCCUUUGUUUGCAAACAUUGCGGGAAGGGUUUUACUCGAAAUGAUAAAUUGACUACCCAUAUUAGGUUGCACACUGGAGAGAGGCCUUUCGUUUGCCAACAAUGUGGUAAAAGCUUUAUUCAGAAAGACAAAUUAACCACACAUAUGUUCACACAUACAGGAAAUUAUCCUUACACUUGUGUCCACUGCAGCAAGGGUUUUGUGUGGAAGGAUAAAUUGAUCAGCCAUAUCCGAACGCAUACUGGCGAGAGGCCAUUUGUUUGCAAGGAAUGUGGUAAAGGAUUUGCUCAGAAUGACAAAUUAGUCGCUCACAUGCGAACUCACACGGGAGAGCGGCCUUUCAAAUGCAAAUUUUGUGGAAAAGGUUUUGCCCAAAAGGAUAAACUUACAGUUCAUACUCGUAUACAUACUGGGGAGCGACCCUACGUGUGUAAGAUGUGCGGGAAAGGAUUUACUCAGAAAGAUAAACUUACGACUCACAUCCGAAUUCAUACCGGGGAAUGUCCAUUUGUCUGCCAGCACUGUGGCAAAGCGUUUUCCAAAAAGGAUAAGUUAACUGUUCACACCCGCUCCCAUACGGGAGAGAGGCCUUAUGUUUGCAAACAAUGCAAUAAAGGCUUUGCUAGGAAUGAUAAGUUAACGGCCCAUAUUCGCACUCACACUGGUGAGAAACCCUAUUCUUGUGUGCAGUGUGGUAAAGCUUUUGCCACCAAGGGCAAACUGAAUGCGCAUAUGAAAACUCAUAUUGGGAAAUCUUCAUUUAAUUGUGGACAUUGUGGCCUUGUUUUUGAGUCUAAAGACAAAUUAAACUCACACAUACUAGUUCAUAUUAGUGAAACUACACAUGCUGCUCUUCUUGUGCAUUCACUGUUAGGAAAAACAAUGUUUGUGCAGAAUUAUAGCUGUUAUAUAAAAAUGUUGAAAAAUCCUUCCAUUGCUGGAGUCGAGAUGGUGUCGGCUGUGAACAUGGCUGAUUUGACGAGUCUACACAUUCCUACGACACAGCCUCACACUGAUUGUGAACAUUGUCGUGUUUAUUUUGUGGACAUUAAAACUCAUCAGUUGUAUACACAAACACCGCCACAAGAGCAGAGACCUUUCGCUUGUAAUCAAUGUGAUAAGAGUUUUACACGUAAAGAUAAGCUUGGCAAUCACUUAAGAAUGCAUUCUGGGGAGUGUCCUCACGUAUGUAACCAUUGUAAUAAAGCAUUUGCUCGUAAAGAUCAGCUAAACGCUCACAUACGCAUACACACAGGUGAGCGCCCCUAUGUUUGUAAUCUUUGUAGUAAGGGCUACACUAGGAAAGAUAAACUUGGGGCUCAUAUGUAUGUUCAUACAGGUUUGCACCCUUAUCAUUGUCAGCAUUGUGGGAAAGGAUUUGCAUGGAAGGAUAAGCUUACAAAUCAUAUUAGAAUACAUACUGGAGAGAGACCGUUUGUAUGCAAAUAUUGUGGAAAAACCUUUGCCCAAAAUGAUAAGUUAACCACUCACAUUCGCAUUCACACAGGUGAAAGACCCUACGUUUGUAAGCAUUGCCCUAAAGCUUUUGCACGCAAAGAUAAACUAGGUGCUCAUAUGUGUAUUCAUACGGGUGAACAUCCUUACAAUUGUCAACAUUGUGGGAAAGGUUUUGCAUGGAAGGAUAAGUUGACCAAUCAUAUUCGCAUACAUACAGGUGAGCGUCCAUUCGUAUGCAAACAUUGUGCUAAAGCGUUUGCACAGAAAGACAAACUGACUGUCCACGUGCGCAUUCACACGGGAGAGAGGCCUUUUGUUUGCAAACACUGUGGCAAAGCUUUUGCGCGAAACGAUAAGCUGACCGCCCAUGUACGUAUGCACACGGGAGAGCGACCGUAUGUUUGUGUUCACUGUGGGAAAGCUUUUGCUAUGAAGGGGAAGCUCAACACUCAUAUGCGAAUUCAUACUGGAAAACAUCCAUAUACAUGCAAUCAAUGUGGUAAAGGCUUUAAUCGUAAAGAUAAACUCAAUGCUCAUCUGUUGAUCCAUCUGGGAGGAGGGCCGUGUGCUGCACUUGUCGCAAAACCACUCCUAACGAAGAUUCCUGAUAUCGCUUUACCUGGAGCAUUACCUCCACCACCUACAAUGUUACCGGACACAAAACCCUUGCUUCCUCCACCUCAACAACCCCAGCCACCUCCACAGCAGCAACAGCAACCACCUCCACAGCAGCAAUAAUUCUUUUUUCUCCUUAGUUUUUCUAGAAUUGUUAUUAAAAAAAAAAACCCCGUCUAUGUGGGCUUUAAUUGGCAGCAUCUAAAUUUAAGUAAUGUGUCUUCUACAAAUUGGCUUAUCAAAAUUAGAGAGACAAAUUACUAUUUUAAUUAAAUGGAGAAAUUUUCCAAACUGAUACUCAGCUCUACAGAAUUAUGUUUUUGUCAUUUAGCAGUGGUAAUUUUUUUAAUAGAUCUUGUAGAACUAUUUAUUUUUGCCUCAUCACAUUUUUAACAAUUAAUAAAAUUUAAAAAUCGAUGUGAGGGUUCCACCACAAAAAUGCUUGGAAAUUAUUUCUUAGUGCAAGAAAAGGAUAUUUUUGAAAAAUUCAUCAAGUUUCUUCAUAUUAUACGCCGAUAGAAAAUUUAGCAAUAUGAUGCAGUGAUCAAGAUCAAAUAAUUAUGAAUUAUUUUUUAAAGGACUAACUAUUGACUAAAAAACUUUUAAAUGGACAAAAAGAAUAAUUCCAGCUUGCUUUUUAAAAUAUAGUAGAUCACUAGAUUUUAAAAAUUCUUCUCUAUACUACAUUGUAUUGUUAUUUGCUAGAUAUAAUUCGACUUUUUGUUCGCUUGUACACUUCUCUACUGUGUUGCAAGCUGUAUGUGACUGUAUAAAAUAAAUUACUCAAUCAAAAA